CUCCAACUUUAGGUUUCGCUACUGAUUCAGAUAAUGUCACCGAAAUAUCCCACAUAGAAUUGUUUGUUUUCCCCUUACAGCACCCCCUCUCUCUCUCUCUCUGCGUGUGCAAUGGCUGCUGCACUCUCUACAGGUAUGAAUAAGCAUCCGACUAUACCUCCCCUUUCAGACACUAACAAGAUUCCUGUUUCGUUCACCUCACCAGUAAGAUUGCCCACCAGAAGAUUCACCAUUUUCUGCAACUCCACCAAGAAUUCCCCAGAUUUGGCACAAGUAGAUAAACCCCAUCAACAGAGCUGUUCAUCCCUCGCUGACCAGCUCAAGCCUAUAUUCACGACCAUCCUCUCUGACACCCCAACAAAGCAGAAAGACAAAGUAACCCAAACCCAUCUUCCAUCUAAGCCGAAGUCUACUUGGGUCAAUCCCACCAAGCCCAGACGCUCUGUUCUGUCUCUCCACCGCCAUAAACGUUCUCCUCACUCUUACGGUCCUCAGUUUAGAGACCUCAAGCUCUUUGCCCAGCAGCUCAAUGAGUGCGGCAGCUCUAAAGCUGCUUUCAUGGCUGUUCUUGAACAGAUCCCUCACCCGCCCACAAGGGAGAACGCACUUUUGAUACUCAACAGCUUGAAGCCAUGGCAAAAGACCCACCUUUUCUUCAAAUGGGUGAAGACCCAGAAUUUAUUUCCCAUGGAAACCGUCUUCUACAAUGUCACAAUGAAGUCUUUGAGGUACGGGAGGCAGUUUCAGCUUAUUGAGGAGCUUGCCAAUGAGAUGAUUAGCAAUGACAUUGACCUUGACAACAUUACUUACUCCACAAUUAUUACCUGUGCCAAUAGGUGCAACCUUUUUGAUAAGGCUGUGGAGUGGUUUGAGGGGAUGUACAAAACAGGGUUGAUGCCUGAUGAGGUGACCUACUCUGCUAUUUUAGAUGUUUAUGGGAAGCUGGGGAAGGUUGAGGAGGCGAUGACUUUGUAUGAGAGAGGAAGAGCUAGUGGGUGGAAGCCUGACCCUAUUGCAUUUUCUGUACUGGGGAAGAUGUUUGGUGAAGCUGGGGAUGAUGACGGCAUUAGAUUUGUUCUGCAAGAGAUGAAGUCCCUAGAGGUGCAGCCUAAUUUGGUUGUGUACAACACAUUGCUAGAAGCAAUGGGUAAGGCUGGAAAUCCUGGUUUGGCACGCACUCUGUUUGAAGAAAUGAUUGAUUCAGGCAUCACCCCAAAUGAACGAACACUAACAGCGCUUGUUAAAAUUUAUGGCAAGGCAAGGUGGGCUCGAGAUGCUUUGGAGCUUUGGGAGCUAAUGAGGUUGAAAAGGUGGCCAAUGGACUUAAUUCUGUAUAAUACACUGUUGAGUAUGUGUGCGGAUAUUGGAUUGGAAGAGGAGGCUGAGAAGCUCUUUCAGGACAUGAAGCAUUCAGAGCAUUGCAGGCCAAAUAGUUGGAGCUACACUGGUAUGCUCAAUGUGUAUGGGAGUGGGGGCAAGGUGGAUAGGGCAAUGGAACUGUUCGAGGAAAUGUCAGAAAAGGGUCUUCAGCUUAAUAUUAUGGGAUGCACAUGUUUGAUUCAGUGCCUGGGGAGGGCUAAGAGAAUUGAUGAUUUAGUUAAGGUUUUUGGCUUGUCUAUUGAAAGAGGGAUAGAGCCUGAUGAUAAGCUGUGUGGGUGCUUGCUCUCUGUUGUCGCCUUAUGUGAUGAUGUUGAGAAGGCAGACAAAGUUCUAACUUGUUUACAGCAAGCUAACCCAAAAUUGGUUGCCUUCAUCAAAUUGCUGGAAGAAGAGGCAGGCAGCAUUGAAAUUAUUAAAGAAGAGUUCAAAGGCAUACUUAAUGAAGCUGCAGUUGAAGUUCGAAGGCCCUUCUGUAACUGUUUGAUUGACAUAUGUAGAAAUAGGAAUCUCAAUCAGAGAGCCCAUGACCUGCUUUAUUUGGGAAUUCUGUAUGGGUUGUACCCACGUUUACAUUACAAGACUGCAGAGGAGUGGCGUCUCAAUGUUCGAUCACUAUCGGUGGGCGCAGCUUACACUGCAUUGGAAGAGUGGAUGGAGAGUUUGACAAAAAUUGUUGAGCGCCAAGAGGCAUUGCCAGCAUUGUUUUCUGCUCACACUGGUGCAGGAACUCAUAAAUUCUCUCAAGGAAUGGCCAAUGCCUUUGCCUCACACGUGAAGAAGCUGGCUGCACCGUUUAGGCAGAGUGAAGAGAAUGUAGGUUGCUUUGUGGCAACUCGGGCUGACAUUGUGUCAUGGUUGCAAUCAAGCCAUGCAUCUGCUACUGUUAAAGCAUAAAAAAGAUUAAAAGUGUAUCAUCUAUCAUUGCUUGUAAUGUUAAUACUGGUGAAUUCAACUUAUAUUUGACGUCAAAUUUUUACAAUGCUUUCAA